UUUCAUCGUGCUGUGACGUGUUAACCUGCACGUGACGCUGAUGGACUUUAAUUAUUUUAUGUCAGGACGUCAUCGGCCUUUAAUGACGUCAUUAGUCAUUCAUUAGUUACGUCAUCAUGAACUCCACCUUCAGGUGUGUGAGAGAGCUUUUAUUUUGAAAUGUGGAGGCGGAAGCAGUGAGGCCUGUUGUUGUAGUUUAAAAGUCCGUUAGCAGACUGAUCCGGAUCAGACCGGAGCCGAACGGACCCCCUUACAGACGGACGGACAUGGCGGGACGGGACCGCGUGGUUCACCUGCUCAGACAGCUCGAGCGCGCCGCGUGCAGAUGUCCAGCUCAUGCCAACCCCUUCCACCAAGGUGUCGGAGCGCAGACCGUCCAGAAGACUGACUACGCCUUCGAGAUGGCGAGUUCCAACAUCAGAUACGGAGCUGGAGUCAGCAGAGAGAUCGGCAUGGACCUGCAAAAUCUUGGAGCUCAGAAUGUCUGUCUCAUGACAGACAGGAACUUGUCCGUCCUCCCUCCGGUCAAGGCCGUCCUUGAGUCUCUGGCCAAGAACGGAGUCCAGUACAAAGUCUACGACAACGUGCGGGUGGAGCCCACCGACACCAGUUUUAAAGAAGCCAUUGCGUUUGCUAAAAACGGCUCGUUUGACGUGUACGUGGCAGUGGGCGGCGGCUCUGUGAUUGACACCUGUAAAGCAGCCAAUCUGUACGCGAGUCACCCGGACGCAGACUUCCUGGACUUUGUCAACGCUCCGAUCGGCAAAGGGAAGCCGGUGACCGGAGCCGUGAGGCCGCUCAUCGCAGUUCCUACGACAGCAGGAACCGGCAGUGAGACUACCGGGGUCGCCAUCUUUGACUUCGAGUCUCUGAAAGCUAAGACAGGUAUUGCCAGCAGAGCCAUCAGACCGACACUGGGCAUCGUGGACCCGAUACACACACUGAGCAUGCCCGAGAGAGUCGCGGCUAACAGCGGCUUCGACGUGCUGUGUCACGCUCUCGAGUCGUACACCGCUCUGCCGUAUAAUCAGAGGAGCCCCUGCCCCUCCAACCCCAUCAACCGCCCCGCCUACCAGGGCAGCAACCCCAUCAGUGACGUCUGGUCCCGCCACGCCCUCAACGUGGUCGCAAAGUUCAUGAAGCGAGCUGUGCGGGACCCUGAAGAUGUGGAGGCUCGGUCCAGCAUGCACCUGGCCAGCGUGUUUGCCGGCAUCGGCUUUGGAAACGCCGGAGUUCACCUGUGUCACGGGAUGUCGUACCCAAUCGCCGGGAACGUGAAGACUCACUCAGCAAAGGGUUACAGUGUGGAGCACCCUCUGGUGCCUCACGGUCUCUCCGUCGUCCUCACGUCUCCCGCUGUCUUCAACUUCACAGCACCGAUGUGUCCAGAGCGCCACCUGGAGGCUGCAGAGAUCCUGGGUGCAGACAUUCGUCAGGUGAAGCGGGAGGAUGCUGGAGCCGUCCUGGCCGACACAUUGCGUCACUUCCUGUUCGACCUGGCGGUGGAGGACGGACUCGGCGCCGUGGGUUACAGUACCGACGACAUCCCGGCUCUGGUCAAAGGAACCAUCCCUCAGGAGCGAGUAACCAAACUGUCGCCACGACAACACAGUGAGGACGACCUGAGCGAGCUGUUUGAGGCGUCCAUGAAGAUCUACUGACACGCACGCACACACACACACACACACACACACACUCCUCUUUGAUGAUGUCAUGUUUGUUUGUAGUUUAAAUGAAGUCAUUGAACGUCUCAUUAAUGAAGCACUAAAUGUUAUUUAUAAUUAAUGACGAGAAGGAUGUGACCUCACAGGAAACACCCCUUCACAAUAAAACUCUGAUUACA